AGACAAUAAACAUCUAUGCUUGAUUGAAGCUAAGCUUGUUGCGCAAAAGAGAAUUCCAAUUCCAGGCAGGGAUAUUAACGGAGAUCUGGGUCCUCCCCAGGAAAGUUUGAAAUAACUCUUUUAAAUGCGAUUUCCUGAGUUUUGAGGGACAUCGAUGUAUAAAAGGCAUCACUUUUACGUGAAUUUUUGAUAAUUUGAUAACGAAGCCUUAGUGCGCGAAAGCAAGUAAAGACAAUUAUCUAAAAAAAAAAUCCCGCCGGAAAAUUGCCACGCGUACUAGCGUAAGGGACGCUACGCGCGUUCAUGCUUAUAUCAACAUUUGCAAUGAGAAGGAUGAAAAGCCCUAGAAUUUGAAGCGUUGUCUGAUCAAGAAACAAGACCGUGCAUAUUUACUUGGAAAUAUUACAUGAAUCUCUAGGCUUUUCUACUCAAGAAAAUAUUAUCAAGAGAAUAUACAGUACGACAUUUGCCGAAUGGCAGCAAUGUCAUUUAAAAUGUACGGUUAAAUAGGCCUUUUCUGAGAUAGCAGUUUGCAUUGCAUUGUGGUCUAGAUUCGGUACAAACAUCUUUAGUUCAUGCUGCCAAAUAUGGUGUUGUUUUUACUGAAGCUAGACCAUAAUGCAACAUGAUUUUGUCUUUCAGAAAUGGUCUAUGUAACUCGGUAUUAAGUUGAAAAUGGAAAUAAAGAUGAAAUAAAAAACCUUAGAUGAUAUAGAAUAUGGGUAACAGUACUCAAGCAUGUUAAGAGAACUUGAUACAUGUGAAGAAUGGCCACAAGUGCACCACUUCCACCCCCACCCCUAGGAACGACAACAUCGACAUCAAAGCAGAGAAGCAAUUACACUCGUAUUGGCAGACUUUUAACCGACAUUGGAACAAGAGUGUUGAGAGGAGUUCUUGAUUCGCACCACCCACCUGCUAGUCUACAGAAACAUAUUAACUCGCCCGCUGUAAACUCUACACUGAAAAAACUCAGAGCUAAGAGAGUUCUGAACACACAACAAUGGAGCAAGCUAUACCCACCAGCACCAGGAGUGCCAUCGUCGACGACCUUCGACAUAACAUUGCUCUUCCUUCUCCUACGGAAUACCUGUGGUUUGACUCCACCUACUACAGGCUGGGAUGCUGCCCCACCUCCAGCUGAUGUUAGCAAAGAGGCUGAUCUGAUUCGAGUAAAACGAUGCCGAAAUGAAAUAACUGGUCACAGCACAGCCGCAGAACUCUCUGAUGCUGAUUUUGAAACCCACUGGGCUGAAAUUGAGGCAGCAAUGAUAAGACUUGGAGGA